UAAUAUUGAUAUACGUAGCUUGCAUACCUAAAUAAAAAAUAAACUCUUCUAAUCCCCUAAUGUAAACACGGCGGUAUACGUAGCCCGAUUUAUCGGGGACUUUAAGAGAAAAACAUUGUUGAAUUCAGUUCACCAUAUCGAUACCUAUCUAUCUAUCCUUUCUUUAAAUUAGGCCUACGUUCAAUUUUAGUAAAAAUUAGGAUCGAUUCCCGUAGAAACGAUGGGUUGGCAGGUCAGGAACUUAAGUGUUUGCUUGCCUUUCGUUUUAACCAUUUCAACUUAAUUGAAAAUAACAAAAUGGGUAAAAAACGUUGCCUAUGAAUGACAUGUAUUAAAAUUCGAAUUAAUUAAAUAAUUCAAGGCUACAAAUAUGGUCGCUCUUUUACACAUUUUCACCUGUUUUAAGACUACCUGUGUAAAACGCCGACCGGUCGGUGGUCGGUAGGGUCGGUAUUUUUCGUAAACCCCUUUCCCAUAGUUCAUUGUUGGUAAAUAUGAACAAAUCCUAAGUCAGCAUUGUUGUUAUGUUUGAAAAUAUAGUGGUCGUCUCCAUGGUAACAUUACAUAUUGGCAUUGUUGUGUUAGGAAAAGGUCCUGUACCAUCCCAUGGUACACAUAACAUAGUCAAUUCCUCCGGGUAUUUGACAACAAGUCUAAUGAGCACUCCUAUACCGACUAUAAACAGACAUAUAAGCACUGUUAUCCCUCUUCGACACAACAAUUCAGCGUUCGUGAGUUCACCAGUGUGUUCAAGUUUUUCUAAAUCAAUUGGUGCAUUCUCUAGAGUAUAUGAGUUUGCAAAUUGUUUCUUUAGUCUGCUGGACUUCGUGGAUAAGGUGGAGAUGCUUGACCUUGUGAACAUGGUGGAGUUGUCAUCACUCUGCCCAAAACCUCUUUCUUUGUUAUUAUUGAUAAGUGCUGCAAUAAGAAAUGCAAUGAUAAAAUCAAUUCCAUUUUAAGUAGUUUGAAUGCAAAAAUAUACAUCUUUUGAUCAACUCUUGAUCUUACUUACUUUGUCUAAUAUUCCUCCCCAUUAAUCUCGAUUUAAUUGAAGUUUUGUGCUGGCUCAUAUUUUUCUAUUUGAAAACACAAUGCCAACUUUUUACAGAUCAUAAUUUAGGAUAUUGAUUAUGUGCUCUUUCCACUUUUGGCAUUGCGCCACUUUCUUAAACAUGAUAUUUACCUGUAGUUUCAGAUGCUUUACUGGUGUCUAAUAUCAUUGUCUGAUUAAACAUCGAGUCAUCUCCCAUCACCCCAGCUCUUUCCUGGGCCU